UUCUUCCAACGGGGAGUCAAGAAAAGAUCGUCGUCAUCGAUGGAAGCAUAGUGCGAUUUUUGGGAUUUGCUACCCGUUGUUAGUGUAGUGUUGAAAAUUUACCAGCAAAAAUUGUUGGAAAACUAAUUAUUAUUGUCACAAUCGAGUGCAAAUUUGUGAACAAUAAACGGGCAUAAGUGCAGUCCCGGUCGUGAGCAGUUUAUUAUCUACGAAAUAAAGAUAAAAACGAAUCUGGGGUAAUCAAUAAUAGAUUGCAAACCUGAUUUGAGAAGAAAAAAAUUCCUACCCUCCAGUGCAACAGGGAAUGUCAUGGACAGCAAGUGAGGGAGGAGAUUCCAUCCGGAGAAGAAUAGGUUGGAGAUAGACGUCUAAAUCUUCAAUCGCUGGAAUGGAUUUCCCUAAAAUCAAAAAUUCAUGAACAACAACUUGCUGCUUGUUGCUUUCCGGUGAUCCGCGUGUGCGCAAAGACUUGGUCGGUGGAAGAUUUAUCGGACCGAAAGAUGGAAUGAAGCUUGAAUACCAGAGCACGGCUUCAGUCCGUUGCGUGCAGUUGUGAUCCAUCUUGACUCUUACCAACAUUAGCCAUUGAACCUGUGAAGAUCUUGGGCUUCAGCCGGGAAUUGAGAACGUUUCCAAGGUAAAACAAGUUUUUUACUGCCCCCGCAAUCGGAUUGCACCAAAACGGAGCGGCCCGGUCCGGACGUUUGGACGGAACAGUUCCGGUUGUUGCCAGAUUGUGCACCAAAUCAUCGGCGUUAGUCGUAGGUUUUGCUUGAAGCGCUGUUCACUCUAAGCCCCGGAGAAUGAAUGGGAUUACUCAUCGUUGACUCGCUGCUACUUCUGCUUGUAGUCGCCAUCGUUUUUUUUUAGUUUUUUGCUAGUGUACGAAGAAACCACACAGCUAUCGAAACUUGUCUUGUACACUUUGACAACUUCAGAAAAAAUGACGGCAGAUUGUUAGGGGAAGUGCUGCGAUAUUCCGUCAUCAUCCCGUGUUGUCUUCUGGGUGCAUUUUUUGCCGAUCCACUACUUCCAAGUAGUUGAUGUGGGGGAGGGCUUCUAUAAAGAGAGAAAAAAUAUCAAGAAAGUGUUCGUGAUCGAUUUUUUUUAUUUCAACCUAUUUCCACAGUUAGAAGAGUGAAACAAUAGAUGAAACGGUGUUUGUAUAGUUGGUAAGAAAAAAGUCGAGUGAAAAGUUAAAGUCAAGUCAAAAGUGAAGCAGUUGUGAAUAUUCAAGAAAAAAAAGCGUCAAAGGAGAAAGCCGAAUUGGUGGUGUGUCGUUUUUUUCGUCGUCUGUCGUUGAAACUGUGCAUAAUUUCGCCUGGCAAAAGGGAAAGGCAAAAAGUGGCGGUGAGUGGGAAUUAGAAAAGUCACUAAGAAAAAAAAAGUGCCCCAACCCACCGACAUCAUCGACAUCUUCGGUGCCAAUCAAUCGGCUUCCACACGUUUUGCGGCGGUUGCAUUUCAUGUGCGUGUGCGUGUUGUUAGUGUUGUUGUCAAUAAGCGUGAUUGUUAGAGGAUAGUCAACAGGGCAGGUCAACUACUACGUGCAACUAGGACGUAAAAACAUCUGCGCCUCGUGCAGAUUUUGAUGGAUUUACAGCAGCAGCAGCAGCAUCCAAAAUCGGCCUUCGACAUGGAGACCCAGGAGUCACGAUUUGCCAAACAGCGCGCCUCAGUCAAAUGGUUGCUGUCGAAGGCGUACAACAACCGGGUGCCAGAGUUCCUCAAAGAUCCUUUUUAUCGAGACCACGAGGGCCAGGAUCACCUGAAGCCACAGAUUGUCGUAGGGCUGGGGAACGCUUCCAUUUACUGUCAGGUGCUCAGUAAUAUCUACUCGGAUCCGAACUACCAGAGCCUCAAUCACUGGUCGAUCCUGCAGACUCUAUCCCGGAAGGGUGUCCCCCUGAACGAAUCCCCAGAUCAGCCGCUCACCGAAACCGUGCUGAUACAGACAAAUCCUCUUAGAAUUAAUGCCCACAUGACUGUGAUAGAAGCGAUGAUGGUGUUGUAUGCUAAAGAAGUGGCUUCCAGUGGCAGGAUAUCCAGUGCGCUAGAACGAAUAUCUGGUCGCAGCGGUUCGCAGCCGGUUCAGCAUCACGAAGCUGCCUUACUGAACUGGGUGUCGCAUGUGUGCAGCGCGCUGAGGAGGCGGAUCGAGUACGAGGUUGCGAAUGGGGGAGGGGUAGGAGGCGGUGGCGGGGGAGGUCCACCGGUAGACGAGUACGGCCAACGGCUCCAGAGUCCAGACAUUCCACCGGUCCGAGACGUUCGGGAACUGUGCGACGGGGUCUGUCUGGCCUAUCUGAUCUCGUACUACUGCCCCAAGCUCGUUCCCUGGCCCAGCGUCAAGUUCAAUCACGUACCCACUAUUGAGGAUUCGAUACACAACAUCUUGAUAGUAAGUAACUUCUCCGAGCGAAGUUUGCCAUACUCCGUGUUCCAUAUGACACCAGAGGACGUUACCUAUAUGCGAGGCUCCAUGAAACAGAACCUCGUAGUGCUGCUAGCGGAUUUGUUCAACCUUUUCGAGAUUCAUCCAGCCAAGUGUGUGUGCUAUCCAGGGAUGGACCAGCAACAAAUGCCAGAUUCUGGAACAAACGAGCACGGUAUCGCGCACCGCCGAGGCAUCGCCACCCAGCCACCGGUCGUGGCCAUCCCGGAGCUGCGAUCCGGGCUUGAUUCGCCGCCCGGAAGUGGCGGAAGCAGUAGCGGGGCCAGCGGCGGAAGUGCCCACUCCAACAAUGGCAGCAACCGGCCACCUUUCCAAGUGGUUCGAUCCCCAUCUGCCAAUACCCUGAGGAAGCAUGUCUCGGCUCGGGAAGUUCACGAACAGCAGCAUCAACCGCAACAGCUACCCCAGUAUCAGUCUCAGCAUGGAUCCCCGCAGCACCACUACCAGGAUCAGGAUGAAGGUUUCGUUGUCCACCGGAGCAAAGGAGUGCCAACGUUGUCCUCGAUGCAUGAACCUCUGGUACCAGCCCGAUUGCGGCAAGCCAAGGAGAAAACGAACAACGAUUCCAAAGCCGAAGAACGGGGUAAGUCUUAG